GUUGUUCUUCAUCCCUUGCUCGAAGAGAAUGGAUCUUUAGCGGAACUGCUUCCCGCCCUCGACGGCUACCAUUGUGGGUAUAACAACUACCUCGGGUCCGUGAUUGAUGCGGCGUAUGAAGUCGCGCGAGUGGACCUGGACGAGGACCUCGAGAACCAAGAAAAGGACGAAAAGGAAAAAACCGAUAAGUCAGAAGUAGUUCCAUCUUCUACCUCGCAAGGAGCCGCAGAUCAUAUCGAGCAGGCUGCGAAAGAGGUGCAAAAACGGGUAAAGGCUAUUCACCGGCGGAAAGCGGAAGACUUUCUUUCGAAGUUGAAAGAGAUGUUGAAAGUUUACGACUCGUCGACGUCGAAGAAUUCGCCAGAGCGGUUUUCGGAUCUGGAAGUUGCAGAGGUGGUAGAGCGGAAGCUGCUGCUCAGGAGGGAAAGGGGCGGAGAGGAUCAUGGCGGUAGAAAUCUAAAGCGAAGUAGGGAACGCGAAGUUCUGGAAGAUCACCCCGGGAGCGCAGAUGAUCACGAAGACCAACUUCUGAUCCAGCGAGUGACCCGGAGGCGGCUGGCACACGCGGCGCGAGUAAGACGAGCGGAACAACGGAAGCAGGACGAAGUAGAGCAAGCAGAGAAUAAUAAAUCUCCGGAUACAACUUCUAUUUUCGCCGGCCGCAGCUCCGUUGUCUACUUUUCCGACGCGCGGGAAUAUUGCGGAAUGAAGGAUUUGUUCCUCUACAUCGCGUACCUGAAACGGUUUCCGGAGCUGCGACGAGCGGGCAGAAGGAAUGUAAACUUUGGAGAUGAUGAACUGCUCUCCGGUACUAGUCCUUUUUCUUCAAAAACUGCUGUCCCGGAGGAACUUUCUCUGCUUCUCGAGAAGACCCUGCAGUGUCUCGUUGCCAGAGACGAGGCGGUGCUCCAGCCGGCUGCGCGUGGCGGCAGCGAGGAGGAGUUCCGGUUUUUCUCUCUUCUGCCGGAUGACGACGUCGUGGGAGAGUUUGUCAUGCAGAGUCAGCAUGCUGAUGCAGAUGAUCCUGACCACGGUGAUGCAGAACAAGCACGAUCAAAAGCUGCUGCAGCUACAUCGGAGGAAACGAGGGCGAGAAGCAGGCAGCGAACAACUCCGAAAAUCAUGACUCAGCAAGCCCACAUCAGCACCUCCUCCUACACCCCCACCGAGUUUCUCUUCACGCUGUUCGUCUACACGUUGCACGAGAUCCAGCUUCUGCUCUUCUCCCACUCCACGUGCCCCGAGAACUCCUCUGCGGUGAAAGUGCGGGGCAUCGUGGAACGGCCGGCCGAGCAGUACCUCCAGUGCGCCAGCGACCAACGACUGGAUAUCAAAUGUAAAAAUGUCUAGGUCUGGAAGAUUCUGAGACUUGUCAUGCACGUUUUGCAUGGGCCAUGAUGUCUGUGAUGCAUGCCCUAACAUCGCAGACAUUUUGAGGGCUUCGCGAUACCUAUUCCGCAUGACAAAUGCCCUCUUCGCGUAGCCAAAAUUGCAUUCCCUUUGCUGGUCAUGCAAUACAGAUUUUUUUGGAAUCCAAAUGCAGCAGCACAAGUUCGGACUCUUCCAGACCCAGACAUUUUUACAAUUGAUACUAGACUUCGAACUGCAAAACGGCGGGUUCCGCGCGAAGGGGUAUUUGUUAUCAAAUGUAAAAGUGUCUGGGUCUGGAAGAUUGGAACUUGUGAUGCUGCAUUUGGAUUGCAAAAAAAUCUGUAUUGCAUGAGCAGUAAAGGGAGUGCGAUUUUUGCUACGCGGAGAUGGCAUUUGUCAUGCGGAAUAGGCAUCAAGAAGCCCUCAGAAAAUCUGUGAUUCUAGGGCACGCAUGACAUACAUCAAGACUCAUGCAAAACCUGCAUGACAAGUCUAGAAAUCUUCCAGACCCAGACAUUUUUGCAAUGCAUAUUUGUCAGGAAGCAGCAAUUUUAAAAAGUUGCUGACCGAGUUUAAGAAUCAUACAACUGGAAGAACUACGAAGACGAGUGAGCCAUCAUCCUCCUGCAACACCAUUAUCGACGUCGGGGCGAAUGUCGGCGGGUACAGUUUGUAUCUUGCAAACGCACUGGGUUACAACGUGCUAGCCGUCGAGCCGCAUCCGGAGAACGUCGGGAACUUGCUGGGGUCGAUAGGAGACUUCUCUUACAAAGAUCGCAGAACAAAUGGUCAUCAAUUUCAAUACACAAAUACUAGUGAUGAAGGAGGAGAAGGAGCACGUCGACCCGGUCAUCACGCGGCAGCUCAUGGUCGCAUCACAGUUGUCCCUGCGGCGAUUGGCGAUGUAGAAGAAGAAUCAACGUCAGCAAGAACUUUUUCUGAGGACGGCACCGACAUGGUUUCCUCCGAGAGAAGAAACAUUGCCUACCUGUACGAGCGUCCCGAGGAAACCGGGCAGAGCGCAAUCUACAGCGACGAGCAGGCCAAGAACAGUCGAGAAGUGGACUACUUGCAGUCCGUGUUGUCCGAUAACAAGGUGGCGCCGACGGAGGUCAGGAGGAAAAUACCCGUUGCGGUGAGAUCCUUGGACGAGAUCUUCGAGGAAUACGUUGGCCGUUCAAAUUCGAAAAAGAAUGCCAACGAUAAGACACCAGACGCAGAUGCAGACUCUCGACGUCCCUCUGUCUGCCUGAUCAAAAUCGACACAGAGGGGCACGCGUUGAAGGUGUUGAAGUCUGCGGAGAAGAUAUUAAAAACCCAUCGCCCACUGGUUGUUGUCGAGUUGGAUUCUGCGAUUGCGCGGACGGUGUAUCCACCAAUUUUGGAAGCCGCGGGCCAAGAAGAUCAAGAACCUACACCAGCAGAAACACACACCAAUGUUGUUGGUCCUGCUGAGCACGACGGCCACCUUCAUGUUGCUCUGAAGAAAGAGGACCAGAACAUUUUAAAAAAGCCAGAUCACCUGGAUGUUCAUCGGAGAUCUGCCUCCGUCGGGGGCGCCAUCGUCGACUUGCUACAAUACAAGCACGGCUACGAUGUCGCGAAGUUCUCCUUAUCAAGUGUAAAAAUGUCUGGGUCUGGAAGAUUGCCAGGUUUGUCAUGUAUAUUUUGCAUAACCCAUGAUGUCUGUAAUGCCCGGCCGACCAUCACAGAUUUUUAAUGGGCCUUCUGAUGCGUAUUCCCCAUGAGAAACGCGCGCUCCGCGUUGUAGCACAAGCUGAACUCCUCAUGCUGGUCAUGCAAUACAGAUUUUUUUUACCUUCCAAAGACAGCAUGACAAGUUGCAAUCUUCCAGACCCAGACAUUUUUACAUUUGAUACUCCUCUCUGGAAGACUACUCGGACGAAAAAAGCGUCGAGUCCCAGGAGUUCGUCACCUGGCAGGCCGAUCUGCUGAAAGCGCUGGGGUUGGGCGUCUGGACCGCGAUUCACUACCAGCACGUUCAGUGGGAUACGAGGUUCUCGAAACAACUGGCCGUCGAGGAGGCCCAAAGCCAAACUGCGCAAAAUAUUGAAUCCUCAGAAAAUGAGUUCUGGACCGCUUUGGACUCGCAUUUCCCUGCAAGAACCGGCUUGUUUCAUGACGCGGUAGAGGAAGAAGGUCUAGGUGCAACUCCAUCGUCCCGCAAACACAGUAUUAAAGUACAGAACGACCGGGAUUACAUCCUGUGCGCGAAAAAGUGCUUUCAAAACCUCGCUGCCGGAUGCCGUUGUUUUGACGUGGCGAUGGUCGACGUUUCAUCCGAUGAGAACGAUGCGGGUCAUGCUGGUAGAAAUACCCCCAAUGGUAGUCCGAGUCGUCCCUCACGAGGACCAACGUCUGGAACAAAAAGAGAUUCCAUCUGUCGGCUGUUCACGUCCUGUGCGGGCUGGGUGUGGAAGAAUUUCGAAACGGGAGCGGACGAGGAGAACCAAAGUGUGCUGGAGGAACAGCAACAGAAAGAACCAGCAGUUUCAAACACUGAAAGUGAACGGGAAGAUGGGCACAAAUCGUCUUCUUUAUCUUUCCUUCCCCGCAUCCCGACGAUGGGCAGUUUGCAUCCGUGGUUGAACAAAAACGAUGAGGAAGAGAUGGAGAAGUAUCACAAGAUAAAGUUCGAUUUCCGUGCAAUGGAAUUGGACAACGACUUGGUGGCGUGGCCUUAGAACCUUCGUGACUUUCUUGAUAUUCACGUUGGUGUUGGUGGUGGCUGGUCCUGGUGGUGUCAUCUGCUGUGCUUUUUCUGCAGGAGCUGCAAUCUUCGCGUUUGGUUUUGCAUUGAAAUCCGAAACUGCUGUCUGGAUGCAGUUGCUCCUGUUCUCCCACGUGGUGUGACAUGCCGGUGAUUGCGAUACUGGAAAACGGAAGCCCUUGUUUCUACGCUCUGUCAGUUGUAAGAAUAAGAAAUUUUAGUGGUUUCUCUGGAUGCGUGCCUCAAUAGCACGCGGUUUCCUGCCAUGGAGGCAGUAAGAGUAAAGCUUCGUCAGGCGGCAGAGCCGGCGCAGGUGUACCAGCAUCCUCGCAACAGUCGAAGCACCACCAGCCGGAGAAAUUUCUUGCCCCUUUAGUCCUGCGGGAUUGCAGUGUGAAGGAGUACGAGAACAAAAUUGAGGCUGAAUCAAAUUCAAAAAGUACUUACUACUUACCCCGCGACGAGAAUUGAAAUAUCGACCUGAAUUCACUUACGUACUGCAACGGCAUUUUUGCAGCUUUUCACAAAUACUUCUGACGAGCAAAGGCAAGGGUAGAAUUGAAACUUGCUCGAAGUACCACAAGAGAAGAUCUGCACGCAAGAAGAAGAACGGCACCAGCAGCUACACUAAACAACUGCUGUUGUGACCACGUGGACAGGAGUCGCACGACCUCUGUUGUGAAGACACCAGCCAGGAUAAAGUUCGAUUUCCGUGCGAUGGAAUUGGACAACGACUUGGUGGCGUGGCCUUAGCUUUUUGAUUUGCUAAAACUCCACGUUGUUAGCGAGCAGGGUGGAGGUCGUGUCUACUGUGCUUGGUCGUAUGCAGGGACCGCAAUCUAAUUCGCGUAUGGUUUUGCAUUGAAAUCCGAAACUGCUCUCUGGGUGCAAUAAUUGCUCCUGCUCUACUACGUGGUGUGACGUGCCGGUGAUUCCGAUACUGGAAAACGGAAGCCUUUGUUUUUACGCUUUGUCAGUAAGAAAUCUUAGUGGUUUCUCGGGAUGCGUG